AUGAAUCUGACUGGUAGCAGAGGUUCGACCGAUGAUGCCGGAUCGCCAGCCUCUCCAUCUGGGAUAUCGGUCUUCAGCCCUGGCGGUGUCGAUCAAGUACAGACACCAUUUACGUUACCAGGUUCCGAUCACUCAUCUCCCACAUUCAACAGCUCUCCAGCAUCGACGCCAGUCGAGAAGGAACAGCUUCAGCCUCCUGACCCUGAAAAGAUCGAGACGUCAGUCAUUACCGUCUCAACUGAAGGGGUCUCGGCCACCGAGCCAUCACCUGAAGUCUCACCUGAAGAGGAAGACGACGAUUUCAAUGAUCUGUCAAUGCAGCCGUAUUUCCGUGAAUUUUCUCCCCACGAUCAAGUUGACCCGUUCAAUCAGCUGCCAGUCCGGGUUUCCAGUCAGAUACAUCUCGUACUACAACAUGGCCUGAAAAUCUAUCGAUUCUCCGGUAACAACUAUAAGCUCGCCUACCUGCCGGAACAUAUACGAGACAACAUCAACCAGUUUCCCAUUGCUGAUGUCAUUCAAAGAUCCAUCCAUCAGCCACAUCAUCUGUAUGCCUUCCUGGCUUGUCUCAGCAUACGCAUGCAGAAGAUAUUUCGGGAAGACAUCCAAGAACAGGCACCUAUUUCCUUCCGACGACAUGCCUCACAUCACUUGCGCAAAGAACUGAUCAAGAGCGGGAAGACCGGAGUUGUAGACAGGCAUACCAUACUCGACAUCCUAUUCCUUGUGGUAUCUGAGACAGCAACUGGCGAAUACGAAUCAGCGCGAAAACAUCUCCGCGUCGUCGCAAAGCUGUAUCACCUUCUCGACCUCACGCAGCAUUUCGACCACUGGAUUUCCGAAUCUUGCGCUCAUGUUGACAAUCAGCUGGCGCUGUCCACUGGCAAGCCGCCGACUCUGCCACAAGACUUCGACCCUGGCCCGUUGCUGCCCGAGCGAAGAGCAGCACUACAACGUGAAAUACGCUGGUUACUUCAAAGCGGCGUUUCUUCAGGGUGUUGGCACCCAUCACCAGUCUCGUUGACGGUGAGAGCUGCACCACUGGGUCUAAGAGACGCCAUAGCUGAUCUGUCCCGCACGAUGGAUCUCCGUAUGGGGUCCAUGUUUGACCAUGGACUACGGAAGGGCAUGUUCAGCGAUGCCCUAGCUGGGAUCGUCACUGACAUUGUCGAGUGUGUUGCUAUCGCUAAGGUCGUGUGGCUUUCGCCCGUAGCCGUCUGCUUUGACGCGGAAUGGUUAUGUCGAAAGGCUCGCGCUGUCCUGCGGCGGCUUCUCAAACUUGCUCCCGAAAACAAUAUCGGUCCACUCGAUGUAGUGGGAAAGUGCAUGGAAGUUGUACGUUGCACACUGUUGAUAUUAAUGGCCCACGCCUGCACGAUGAUCGGUUUUCAAACGGCACGGCUGAACGUUUUGAAGCUCCAGAACGCACUGGCUUUUGCGCUCAAGUCCUGGGCGCCGGCACUGGGACUCACCCCGGAGCUGGAAAGAGUCGACAAUCACCCACUACCCGCGCUAGUUCAGGAUCAGCUUAGCCACAUCCUGUUUAACACCAUGGUUGGCGUCUUUGCUGCCGACCUUCCGGGCUACGAGGGGACCGAAACGUUCUUCAUGGUUCGAGUACUCAAUUUGUGCAACCUCUUGGGCAUCCACAGCUACGACGAUUUGCGAGAACACAUGGUGAAAUUCCUCUACUCACCCGUCUUGCAGGAGCCGAGUGUAUUGAAAGUUGCAGCGAAGUUGGAGGCCAGGGAACAUAUGCGCCCACGUGCUUCCCUGUGA